UCCCCCCGCUCUCGGUUUCCUAGAGCCGGUGUCUGACGGAGGCAUUGGUCCGAACACCACUUGAUCGUUUAUGUCGUGAAUUUUAGUGUUUACAAAACAUUGCGUGGAACAGCCGAGGAUUCGCGUCAGUUUUUAGGGUGAACUCAGUUAUCCAUUAGUCACGACGACGUUUUUGGCUAUAUUCGUCUGGAUCGCAAACGCUUUUUCUUCUGUGCGGAUGAGAGGAUCCCGACCGCUUUUUUGUGCCUGCAACGUGGACUUAAACCUCUACACGGGAGACGGGGGAGUCGAACUGUCGGAAUAAAAUUGCUGAAAUAAACCAAAAGAAAAACGAAGACACACGUCGUUGGCCUGUGGUGGAUAUCCUCUGAGGAAUGCUGCUGUCCAAGCUCAAUUCUCUGGCCCACAUCUCCACAGAUAUGCCGGCGAAAAUCCAGCUUCAAGUUCAUCAAGCAAAGGAGAAGGAGCCUUUCGAGAAGCUUUAUCAGGUCGGCGCGGUGCUGGGCAGCGGCGGGUUCGGCACCGUCUAUUCCGGUACGAGGAUAGCCGACGGAGCUCCGGUUGCUGUCAAACAUGUAGCCAAGGACAGAAUCUCCGAGUGGGGAGAGCUGCCUAAUGGCUCCCGUGUUCCCAUGGAGAUUGUGUUAUUGAAGAAAGUCGGGACGGGCUUCCGUGGCGUUAUCAAAAUGCUGGACUGGUUCGAGCGACCGGACAGCUUCAUCAUCGUGAUGGAGAGACCCGAAAACGUCAAAGAUCUGUUUGACUUCAUCACGGAAAAAGGUGCCUUACCGGAGGAGCUGGCGCGGAGCUUUUUCCGCCAAGUGCUUGAGGCUGUGCGGCACUGCCACAACUGUGGCGUGGUGCACCGGGACAUCAAGGACGAGAACAUUCUCAUCGACCUCCGCACCGGAGAGAUGAAGCUCAUCGACUUCGGAUCCGGAGCCUUACUGAAGGACACCAUUUACACAGACUUCGAUGGCACCAGAGUGUACAGCCCACCAGAAUGGAUCAAGUAUCAUCGCUAUCAUGGUCGCUCUGCCACAGUUUGGUCCCUCGGUGUCUUGUUGUAUGAUAUGGUGUGUGGGGACAUCCCAUUUGAACACGAUGAGGAGAUCAUAAGAGGGCAGAUCCUCUUCCGGAGGAGAAUUUCCACAGAAUGCCAGCAGCUGAUUAAGUGGUGUCUGUCUCUGCGGCCAGCGGACCGUCCAUCCUUUGAGGACAUCAUCAACCACUCAUGGAUGCAGAGCACACCCUCCUCUGUAGUUCCAUCCACAGUGCAGACAGAGAAGACAACCACAGAGAUCAGGCUACACAGCAUCAGCCAUGAGCCCACAGCCUUCACACCCACCCCUGUGGCAGUGGCUCGGUGAUGGAGGCAAAUAGUUAACUCGAACUGGGCCGAACUGGACUGCACUGACACAAGAGACUAUUAUAAAAGACUUAUGUAACAGACUUGAAGCAGUUGGGAGGGUGCAACGCACAGGCCGAGUGUCCUAACACAGGCGAGAGCAAGGUUUUAAGGACUACACAGAGAAGACUACACACAGAGAAGACUGAGCUCAUGACAAAACCAUCAACCCUUCGUUUGAACCCAGCGAGCCAGACCCUCUCCACCCUUACCACCCCAACUACUUGAUUUUCCUAGUUGUUGACCAGCAUCAAUGUCAGAAUAUCAUCCUCGCUGGACUCUGAUCUAGGCAUUGGGUGUUUAUCAGUCUGUAAGAGGGCAUGCUCUGUAUCCACACACACACACCGUGCCGAGCAAAUAAGAGUGCAUUUGCUCACUGUUCUACUGAAUGGCAAGCAGACAGUCUUAGUUAUGUAACUUCUCGCCGCAUUGUACUCUGUUCUCUCCUAUUUCUUGCUGUCACAGCAGAGUGGGAAGAUUGGCGAAGAGUGUGAUUUUCAAAAAAGUGCCUUGUGUGCAAUUGUUGGGGGACCCUGAAAAUACUUGAAUUUGUGAAAGCAAAAAGGCUCUUCUUCUCAACAGCCUUUUUGCUCCUUACUCUGUACAAGGCUUUAUAUCUUUUAUUGCUGUUUUAUUCCUCUCAUGGGCCUAGAUCAGUAAAGCCUAUGCCAUUUACAACCACUACUAUCACUACUUCUACUACUCCAAUGUCAUUAGCAACAAGACAACCUCAUAGCUCCGGGCAGCAACCUGUGCAAACAAGUCAAAAAAAAAACAAAAAACACUGGACUUACCUCACCCUCUUUACUACAGCAUCCACCUCUACUCUACAACCUCCACUUCCUCCUCUUCUCGUGUUGUACUGUAUACAAACACAAGGCUUAGGCAACCGUUCAUUCACAUCCACCUGAAUGCAAACCACAAUGCAAACUUAAACCAUACCGAAAUACAACAUCCUCUGCUCUUCACUUCAAUUAUUAUUAUUUUUUUUUAACUUUUACACAGUGCCUCACACAGGUCUUAAAAUUCAGUGGGGCAAGAAUUGUAAAUAAUAAUAUUUAUUAUUGCUGUGACUUCUUUCUCUCACACGAUGAGCUUUUUGUCGCAGAAUUUAUUUAUUUAUUUAUGAGAGAAUUUUGGCUGUACGUAUAUAUUUCAUUCCACAGUCACUGAAGGGCCCACAGAUUAUUUAAAAGACAAAGACAAGAUGACUUUUUUGACCAUAUUUAUGGCUUGAAAUUUUAAAAGAGCAGAUGUGUGUGUAUGUUUGUGUAUGUAAUGUAAAUAACAUGUAAUUAGUCCUGAAAGCACUUCCAUCUUUAUGUAAACAUCUACUGAUGGUAACUGGUUUUGUUACGCUGUUGUCUGCUGUGGGAGCGAGUGAAUUCUGAAUGUCGGAUGGUUGUGUGAGAGUGUGUACAAAUGUGUGUGUGUGUGUGUGUGUGUAUGAGAGAGAGAGAGAUGUGAGAAUGAGAAAACUCUACUGGUUGCAUGAUUGCAGCUUGGAUUGUUGUGUUUUUUUCAUCCAUUCAAAUUAGAAUUGUAAAUUAUGUUAGAAAUUAUUUUUAUACAAUUCAAUAAAUAUUUUUUUAACUAUGAAA